AUGGCCGAUACUCGCCCACCUGAGAAAGAUCACAAUCGGAGGGAGUCAUCUGGCUCCCUUUCCAAGGCCGAGGUCGAGCACCAAAGCCGUGGCCCCUCCGUCGACCAGCCCGCCGGUCCUGAGGACGAGGGUCUGCGCCAGCGACAUGAUGCCUCGGCCCGCAUGGAGAACCCGCUCGCCGGCUUCAGCCGCGAGGAGGUGACGCGCUUGGCCGAGGAGUUCUGCGCCAAGCACGGCUUCACCGACGAUGAGGACCUACGGGUCUUCCGGCUGGGCGCCGCAAUCGCGGGGAAUGACUUCCAGUGGGACACGGUCGACGGCCUGAGGGACGAUGAGAAGGAGGCCCUCCGAACGGAAGUCGAUCACAAGUGGAGGGCUAACCCGAAGACACUAUAUGGCGUUAUAGUUGUUUGCGCACUUUGCGCUGCUGUACAAGGAAUGGACGAGACAGUUGUCAACGGUGCUCAAUCAUUCUACAAGAAAUCGUUUGGGAUCGGGGAUGAAGAGUCGAUGCGGGAUUCCUGGCUCGUGGGGCUGGUCAACAGCGCCCCGUACCUUUGCUGUGCUGUCAUCGGUUGCUGGCUCACAGAGCCCAUGAACAAGAGAUUCGGCCGCCGGGGUACAGUCUGGAUAAGCUGUCUCAUCUCUGCGCUGGCGUGUUUCUGGCAGGGCUUCACGAACACCUGGUGGCACAUGUUCAUUGCGAGGUUCUUCCUGGGGUUCGGCAUUGGCCCCAAGUCGGCCACGACUCCCAUCUUUGCUGCCGAGUGCUCGCCGCCCAAGCUGCGCGGCGCCUUGACGAUGCAGUGGCAGAUGUGGACUGCCUUUGGAAUAAUGGUGGGAUACGUUGCUGAUCUCGCCUUUUACUUUGUCCCCGAUCACGGAAUCCCGCUUGGUUUGAAUUGGAGGCUCAUGAUGGGCUCGGCAAUGAUUCCCGCUGUCGUUGUGUGCUGCCUCAUCCCGAUGUUCCCGGAGUCUCCUCGUUGGUAUCUGACAAAGGACCGCCACGGAGACGCCUACAAGGCUAUAUGCAAGCUACGACUGAGUAAGAUCCAGGCUGCCCGAGACUUGUUCUAUAUGGACUUUGGCCUGAAAGCGGAGAGGGAGGCCAUGUCCAUCGGCAAACAAAACCGAAUCAAGGAGCUCGUGACUAUCCGACGUAACCGAAAUGCAAUGAUCGGGUCGGAGAUUGUUAUGUUCAUGCAACAGUUCUGCGGAGUGAACGUGAUCGCAUACUACUCUUCUGAGGUGUUCCUUCAAGCAAAUCUACCUGAAACGAGUGCCCUGGCAGCCUCUCUCGGAUUUGGUAUAAUCAACUGGCUGUUUGCAAUCCCGGCUGUCUAUACCAUUGACACCUUUGGACGGCGCAAUCUCCUCCUGACGACAUUCCCGCUGAUGUCCCUCUGCUUGUUCUUCGUGGGCUUCAGCUUCUAUAUUCCCGAAGAUUCGACUGCCCGGAUUGCUUGUAUCGCCCUUGGUAUCUACCUCUUUGGAAUGGUAUACUCCCCAGGCGAAGGCCCUGUUCCAUUCACGUACUCUGCCGAGGCGUAUCCUCUUUACAUUCGCCCCAUCGGAAUGUCGCUCGCGACGGCCACGACGUGGUUCUUCAACUUCAUACUCAGUGUCACAUGGCCGUCGCUGUUGCAAGCGUUCAAGCCGCAAGGAGCCUUUAGUUGGUACGCCGGGUGGAAUAUCAUAGGAUUCUUCUUGGUCCUAUUCUUCCUACCUGAAACCAAGGAGAAGACUCUCGAAGAGUUGGAUGCCGUCUUCAAUGUGCCGCUUCGGGUGCACGCCAAAUAUGGACUCCAACAAUUCAAGUAUUUCAUCCACCGUUACGUCUUUUGGAGCCACGUGGACCCACCCGCGGUUCCUCGCCAGGAGAUUUUGAAGCAUUCGGAGAAAUCAAUUGCACCGAAGGCUGAGUAUGACCCAACUAAGCGAGUAUAA